AACAGGCCAGAUGCUGCUAUGAAAGUUCUGCAGCAGAGGGAAAAAGAGAUCAAAAGGGCACGAGGGGAGAUCUCAUGUGCAGAAUGCAGACGUUUGAAGCUGCGCUGCGACAGAAAGCUGCCUUGUUCUACGUGUGUUCGACGUGGAUGCGAAGAUAUUUGCCCAAAUGGGACCCUGUUGGCUGGACAAGAGAAGAAACCUGCGCUUGAUGACACGGAAGAACUGCGCUUGAAGAUCGUCAACAUGAGCGACCGAAUCCGAGACCUCGAAGAUGCCUUGGAGGUAGCCCAUCCUCGGGACACCAAGGGGCCGCAUCCACUCCUUUGCAACGACUUGAAAGCUAUAAAAUUCGUCGUUGGCCUCAAUGUAGAAUCAGAAAAUGACAUUCCUCGACAUAUACACGAUCCACUUGAAUCAUUUGGCGCUCUCAAGAUAUCGGACGAUGGGGAAAGUCGAUUCUUAGGUCCAUCGGCCGGGUCAGAGGGCAUACUUCUUAACGAACUUGCGCAUGUACGGUCGGAAGACGAUUCUGGCUCACAGAUAGAAAUACCGCCCAAACUCUAUGAACUUGCUCAAAUGUGGCCCUUUACUCCGAUCGACCUACCUAAAGAUGAUAUCCGGAUAAUUAUCGAGGCGCAAUUGCCGACGCUAGAUCGAGCCACCGCACUCUGCAACGCCUAUAUUGAACAUGUUAGCUGGUACUGUAUGCCUGUCUCCCAACAACAGUUAUUUAGAGAACUCCUGGCGGCUACAUAUGGUCAGAUGUCAAGCGACAAUCGGCAAGCAGAGGAUACGCAUCAAACAUUUCGUAAGCUUGACAAUCACGACCUGGCUUUACUGCUUGUGGUGUUCGCAUGUGGUGCUGCAUGUGAACAGUACCGCGAGCCCAAGCAUGGUGACGGCCAGCAGUAUUACCGGCUCUCCCGAGUCGCUCUCGGUCUUCAGCCUAUCUUUGCAAGAUCGUCUUUGACAACCGUCCAAGUACUAUUACUGAUGGCAUUAUACGACAUCGUCUCAAUGCGGAAAAACAACCUUGAAGAGACUUGGAAAGUAGUAUUCAUGGCUGCAAAUAUUGCUGGCAGUAUCGGUCUUCAUCGUGAUCCCGGACGCUGGAAACUGGAACCGAAAGUUAUGGAACGAAGGCGGAAUGUUUUCUGGGAGUUGUAUCUCCUCUGUAAUUGGCAGUGUCUCGCCAGCGGAAGGUCGCCUCCAUUCGUGCGGAGUUCUGUUGAUGUGCACCUACCUCAGGAUGUCGAUAUGACUAUCUUUAGAGGAAAGACUAUCCCGGGCUAUAGAACGUGGAAAUUUCAAUUCCUCGAUGAAUGCAUAGCACCCGUGACAGACAGACUAUGCGCAGACUCAACACCUCUAAAGUACUACGAGCUGGUAAACUUUGACAAGAAGAUUCGCGACUUCGACGAUAUCGAAUUCCUGCCAGGCAACGCAGCUUCACUGACAAGUGACAAUGGUAAUGUUCCUUUGUCGCUGCGGAACAAAAUGCUCUGUUACAAGAGCUCGCUUCUACUAUAUCUGCACCGAAAUUUCUUCGCAAAGGCCAUCUCCGAGUCUCCCGACAACCCACGUCGCCCACCCUACGGCAUAUCGUUUAUGGCUGCAUUCAGUAAUGCCGUGUCUAUACUCGAAGUGAUGCAUCAGGAACGUGCUGUGAUUUCGCCUUGGAUCACCCGCUUCUGGUCUAUCAUUGCGCAUGCUUUAGAGUGCGGUUUUGUCGUUGGUUCUGUUGCUGCUCGAUGUCCCAGAACAAGCUUUGCCACCCCAGCAUACCAGAGUCUUGAAUUUGCUAUUGAGUUAUUCCGCGAUAACAACCAUCCGGUGACGAAGAUCGGACUGCCGGUCCUACUUCGUCUCCGAGAGAAAGCACAACAAGCAAUACAUUCAAGCCAUAUAGUCCCGUCGAAUGUUUCAUCCACCCCUGUAAAUACAGGUUCAAGCGAAAAGGAUGCGGCUGAUGAGCUCAGCAUCCUUCGAGGCGCUUCCCGAGUUAUCAUUCAGUCGUCUGAUAAGCAAGACGUUGAAGCGACAUCAGGCUCCUCUCACACAACACCGGGAUCGACAUUAUCUAGUGAUGCCACUUCUGAACAAGCACUUUACGGUCAGCUGCCAUCUGCCACACAUGGCGAGCUUCUCAAGCAGGUUCCUUCCACUGCGUUUGUGCCAGUGCAAGAUCAGACCGCGUCGGACCCGUUCCUCGAAGCAAAUUCAUUCAGCUGGCAGGAUUUCUUCGACCAACCAGGAGACCAGUCUCUUUUUUCUGGUGAUUUCGCUAUGGGCGAUGCUUUCGUUGGCCAGCCUUCCUCCACUCUGCCUCCGGAUGUACCCAUCGAGUUACCGGAGCUCUGGACUUAUAUUGGAACUAAUACUCCACCUUAAUCCGAU